CAAAGGCGCUGGACGAGCCCGAGAGCAAGGAUCACCGUACACUAAUCGUGGUAGAGGGGGAGAUCGCGGCGGCCGUGGUCGUGGUCGUGGAAGAGGCGGAUUUCACCCUGCAACAGAUACAGAUUUCGUUGUACAGAUGUGUACGAUCUUUCCACACAAUUACUCUGUCAUUAUCUAAACCGUAGGGGAUCAGAUGGCGAGAUGUCAGGAGGUUAUCAUACACCUCAAGGACAAGGACGAAGAGGCAUAGGGUCACCUCCUUCAAACUACAAUUCUUACUCUGCGCCUUCACCAGGAUACUAUUCUCCUAGAGGAAGAGGCAGAGGAGGACGUGGUGCGAGAAGUCGUGGAGGUAGCAAUGGGCCGUUGUCCAAGCUACUUUAUGAAGACAGGCCAUAUUUGAGGCCAAUUAAAUUUGUCCCCUCUGUGAAUACCCGCAUUCUGUUCCAGGAGCAAGAGGAAAUACUCAAACCGGUCGUCGAGGAUGUUGGUGAUGAGGAAGAGAGCCACGUCCCCACCGCAGAACGUGUUGCUCGCGUUUUCAGUGGUGUAUCCAAGCCGACUGCACAUAGAGAUGACUCAGUCGAUGAUGUCGAAUGCUUGGAAGAGAUAGAUUUCAACGAUCUGUCUGCUUUCCAGCAAAAGGUUGACAUGGAAGCCAGAUCGACAACCCAACUUAACCGCGCACAGCAGGUCGAUGUCGAAGAGAAAUUCACUGGCGCUUUCUUUGACACGACAGCAUUGAAGGAAGUCGCCACUUCCAUCCCUAAAUCCCAUGCCUCUCAGGACGACGUGAUACAGGAUAAUACCGCAGAAUCUGCACCUGUCGGUAUGAUCAGCUCGAUCACUGUCCACACGACAACCGAGGCUGUGGUCACACUGGAAACACCUACCCUGGAGGAACCCGACCCAGAAGGUCAGCCAGCAUCGGCAGAAUCAACAAGUACCCCAACUGAGGUACAGCCAGGUCCUCCUUCUAUGGACGAUGACAUUGUUGUCCUUGCCUUGACGAAAAAAGUGCACGCAUCACCUCCCUUACAGGCAGCGGACGAUAGGGAAUCAGUCAACACGCAAGAUGAGGAGCCACCAUUGUUUUUCGUUGAUACUACACCAGCACCAACGCCUAUUAUUGCAUCAACCUCCACUUCUUUAGUCGUCCCUCUAGGUGCUGCUACUCCUGAGGAAGACGAUGUCAUUGUAUACGAAGGGCCUCUCCCUCGUUCUGGAGUAGCCACACCCGUCUCGUCCAAGCCAAAAACUUUUGCUCUUCCUUCACUGUCCUUCUCGCCCUCACCGCGGAAGCUCGCGAGGCGCCCUCAUCCUGCUCACAGUAAAACGAAGAGCAAGCUAAAGGAACGCCGGCAAGCCGCAUGGGUGCGCCAACACAGGGAAAGCGAGUCUUUCGCUGCUCUUGGUGCUAAUGUGGCGGAUGCACAGUUGUAUGAAGACAAAGAUCCAAGGCAUGACGAAAGGCGAAGAGGAGAUUCUGACGUUGACUGGGGAGAUGAUACUGACAACGAAGUAGACGAAGUUGCAAAUGGUGUUGAUGGGAUGGACCUUGACCCAGAAAUUGAUUGGGAUGUAGAGGCGAUGAAGCGAUUCGUAGGCGGAUUGCAUGAAAACUCGAAGACGAUAGAUGAUAUCGACGAUGAGGAGAGAAUGAGGGAGGAAGACGAAGAAGAUAGCGAUAGCCAAAGCGAAGAUGACGACGAUGAAGAUGAAGAAAGCGUCCGCCGGGCUAUUGAGGAAGGCGAAGCUAGAAUGCUUGGGGAUAGUGACGCUGAUGAAGAAGAUGUUAGCCCCGACUUCAGUUUCCAGACGCGAUUACAACAAAUGCGUGAAUUUUCACGAAGUAAACAAGCUGAAAACAGGGGCCAGGGUGACAACGAUGGCGAUUCAAGCGACGACGAGGAUGUUUUCUUCCGGAACAAAACAUGGGCAGAAAAAGACGAUGAUUUCAUCGCGCAUAUACGCGGCAUACUAGACGAGGCCGAGUCAGUUCCUACGGGGGUGGAACACCAGAAGAAAAAGCAGGUCUUUAACGCUAUCCACAAUGGUAACUCUGACGAACUUGAGUGGAUGACACAAGCUAAGCGGAAAAAAGAUAAAUACAAAGACCUUCCACCAGAACUCCAAGAGCAAUGGGAAAAGGAUCGACAAAAGAAAGCUGAGUAUAAACGCGAACGCGAAGCAUCCCGCCUCAUUCAAGCUGCAGACCCAUUAGCAGUCAAGAAAGGAGGAAAGAAGGGUCAGAAGGCCAUGCUAGCAGCUACUCGAUUGGAUCCUACUAUCACUGUCGUCCCCAAUCGCAUAAUCGACAUGACGACUCUCGUGCAGCAGAUCAGGCGCUUUAUCGCGGACAUAGACGGUACACAGACAAUGAGCCUACCCCCAACGGAUAAAGCGACUAGGAAAAAGGUUCAUGAACUAGCGCUUGCUUUCAAUUUAAAGAGCCUUAGUAAAGGAAAGGGGGACGCGAGGUAUACGACGUUGACAAAGACGACGAGGACGGGUACCAAAAUCGACGAAGCCAAGGUUUCAAGGAUAGCGCGGAGGGGAGGUGAUUUUGGCAACGAGUUUGUCAACAAGAAAGGCAAGGGUAAAGGGAAAUUAAUGCCGAGGCAUAAGGAUGGGGAUGAAGUUGGCAAGGAAGCGCCAAGGAUUGGAGAGUCGAACAUUGGGUUCAGGAUGCUAGCUUCGAUGGGUUGGUCUGAGGGUGACCAUAUUGGCAUUUCGGGAGGCUUGAAGGAUCCAGUAACAGCUGUGAUAAAAACCACAAAGUUAGGAUUGGGAGCUACAAAAUGAGAGGAAGUCAAUGUAUGGAGGCAAUAUUUCUAGAUUUGAAUGAUAUCGUUGUGCCCGGUAACCAAACCGGUGACUCAUUUUAC